AGAGGGGUCGGGCUGAAAGUAUGUUUUCAAUGGGCUUUUAGUUCGACGCUGCAGCAACAGGGUGCUUUCACUUUGUGCACCGACACACAGCGCGAAAAUCUUUCACAUUUUUCGCAUUUUUGCUAAAGGAGCCCGAGCUCGCGCGCUCGUGCCCCGCCGCAAGUCCCGUACGUGUACACCAGAAACGACAAGCGUCAUUUUGGGGGACAUUUAUGGACAUUAUUGCAUGAACAUGAUUUUGGACGAGAUGACGGAUCCAAAUGUUGCUGUUUUCUUCUCUGUAGUUGGCGCCGCGCGGGUCCUCGCAACAUUUUCGGAGCGCUGCAACAACAUAGCGAGGAGAGAGAGACUUGUUGCGCGCGCGUCUGUUGCGUUUAUUCACGAGCUUCUGCGCAAAUCCCACCCGAUUCACCGUAGUUUGCUCCAGGCUUCGGCUUGGAGGUCUCAACCGCCAUCAUUGAUCCCAGCAGUUGGAGUGGCAGUGAAAGUUCUGCCGAGGACAUCGAGAGGAUGAGCGACUCUGCGGAAAAGCCGCUUGACAAUGACGCAGAGGGGGUGUGGAGUCCUGACAUAGAGCAGAGCUUUCAGGAGGCUUUGGCCAUCUACCCACCCUGUGGACGCCGCAAAAUUAUCCUGUCAGAUGAGGGCAAGAUGUAUGGACGGAACGAGCUGAUAGCCAGAUACAUUAAACUCAGAACUGGAAAGACGCGGACAAGGAAGCAGGUGUCUAGUCACAUACAGGUCUUAGCAAGAAAGAAAGUUCGAGAAAUCCAAGCUGCCAUCAAGGUGUCUAGUCACAUUCAGGUUCUUGCCAGAAGGAAAUCUCGUGAGUUUCAUUCCAAGCUAAAGGUGACAAGCGUGGAUCAAAGCGUGAAGGACAAAGCUCUUCAGAGCAUGGCCUCCAUGUCCUCGGCUCAGAUUGUCUCUGCCACGGCCAUCCACAACAAGCUGGGUCUGCCUGGUAUCCCUCGCCCUGCCUUCCCGGGAGCAGCAGGGUUUUGGCAAGGCAUGAUAUCCACAGGGCAGCCCGGAUCGUCCCAAGACAUCAAGCCAUUUGUCCAGCAGGCAUACCCAAUCCAGCCAGCAGUCACAACUACAAUCUCGAGCUACGAGCCCCCAGCAGCACCAGCACCCACAGUGCCCGCCUGGCAGGGCCGAUCCAUCGGCACAUCUAAACUCAGAUUAGUGGAGUUCUCGGCUUUCCUUGAACACCAGAGAGAUCCAGAUUCUUACAACAAGCAUCUUUUUGUGCACAUCGGUCAGACAAAUUACUCUUACAGCGAUGCCUUGCUCGAGUCCGUGGACAUUCAUCAGAUUUAUGACAAAUUUCCAGAGAAGAAAGGAGGACUGAAGGAGCUGUUUGGCAAGGGUCCUCAGAAUUCAUUCUUUCUCAUAAAGUUUUGGGCCGACUUAAACUGCAACAUCCUGGAUGAAACUGGGGCUUUCUAUGGAGUGACCAGUCAAUAUGAGAGCCCGGAGAACAUGACCAUCACCUGCUCCACCAAAGUUUGCUCGUUCGGCAAACAAGUUGUGGAAAAAGUAGAGACGGAGUAUGCUCGAUUUGAGAACGGACGCUUUGUCUACAGGAUAAGUCGAUCACCCAUGUGUGAAUACAUGAUCAACUUCAUCCACAAACUCAAGCACCUGCCUGAGAAAUACAUGAUGAACAGUGUCCUGGAGAACUUCACCAUCUUAUUGGUGGUCACAAACAGAGACACACAGGAGACCCUGCUGUGCAUGGCCUGUGUGUUUGAGGUGUCAAACAGUGAGCACGGAGCCCAGCAUCACAUCUACAGACUAGUGAAGGAUUAAAGCGACUCUUUCACAUACAGCAGACUCUCAACCUCAUUACUGUGGCAGUGCCUCCUCAACAUUCACUCAACAUGAUUUUGUCACAUUUGGGUGAUGCUUUUAAUUAUAUAUAUAUAUUUUUUUUCCCUUUAAUAACGUGUUUGACGUUUAACUGCGGCUGUGAAUGGCGGUACAGUUGUAUUAUGUUGUUUUAAACCGGACAGGAAUGUCGAAGAUUGCCGAUCAUCACUCGUUCGUAGGCUGUACAUAUAAAGAAACAGUAUCAUUUAAGGGUUGGGUUUGAGUCAGACAACCUCAUUUAAAUUUUUUUCACAACUGAUAACAGAUAUUAGCCUUCUGUACAUGAUAUACGUCUGUCAUUUGUAUGGAAGCGUAUGGGUGUAGAUAAUCUGUGCGUGUGUACAAGUCUAUAUACCUUCUCACAUAUUUGUAGAUUUUUCCCAAAGAAAAAAAGUGUCAGAUUUAUUAAAAAGAAAUCUACUGUAGGUGUCAAAGAAAAAUAUCCUGCAUUCAAAACAUCACAAGAAUUCAGGGAAUUCAUGAGCCCAGCCCUUAAAAAUAUUCAUUAUUUUCCACUCUUUUUUUUUUCUGUCGACAUCCCAAGGAAUAACUGCACUGUGAUAACCGAACUUUUGACCAACCUGUGUCUGUUUUCCCAUAAGUCACCUGCAAUAAAUCGCAGAGAAUUGACCCCUUACUGUUUCCUGUACAGCUAAACGCCUCCUACCGUCAUGCUUGUGUAUUUCUAAAACAAGAAGCACUGUAUUAACCUACCAGGGGUUGACGGAUGAUCUGUCAACUUUAACCCGAGCACUUGGAUUUUUUCGCUGGAGAUCUACGGAUAAUCAGCAAGAGACGCACAGAAGAUGCCACAUUUCGCGAAGCCCAUCCGUGACAUCACGGAGCAACUUCUAUUCGGAUUUAGUCGUGUAAUCAAUCCCAGAGUUCCUUGCUGCCUUUGUCAUUCCCACACAGCCCACGUCUCCGUGGCCUAAUCGUUUUCAAAGACUGCAAGCCUUAACGUUUGUGUGAACUCCAAAAGAUGCCACUAAAGCUGUGAUUUCUUUCCUAAGCUGGAAGAUUUUAGUUCGUGUCACGUGUUGUGAAAGUUGUACAAUACAAAACUGAAAAAAAAAAGUGUAACAGGACAAGCACAGUGCCUUAGUGAACUUGAGGAAACGACACUAAGAUUAUAUGCGUCAUCUUUAUAAACGGAGCGCUGGCCGGUGUGCACAUUUGGUUGAUCUUUUACCACAUCUCUACAUGUAAGACGUAUACCUAACUAUCCAAUCUUGCCUUUCAAUAUCCGAAAAGACCAAAAAGUUAUCGGAGAUGCAUUUAUCUCCUCUUUCUUACCUGCACUGUAGCAUGAAAGUGCCUUCGGUUCAGACGUUUCCAGCUUAGAAAAGACUAAUGUUAUUAUAAAGAUUACCAGAAACCAAAUAAAUGGAUGUAGGUAAAAUAUUCACCACAUUGCCUUCAUAUAAUUUUAUAGAAGAAUCGACAUGGGCUAGUGAGUGGAUAUGUAUUAAAAGUGUUGUGUAAUAAUUAUUGUCUGCAUUUCAUUUCGGUGGAUGUGGCAAACUGUAUUUGUUUUUUGUUUUUUUUUUAGACCUAUUUGACACAGAGCUACUUGUACGAUUGCUAUGAAAUUGAUUUUUAAGCCAUUUAAUGUAUUUUUUCCUUUAUAAGUAUACUAAACACUAUAUUAAGUGAUGUCAAGGUGUGUUACUCCUCCGAGCUUAGGAAAGGUUAUAACCAGGCCACGUGAAAAAAUCCUUGAUGGAUAAAAGUUGGCUUUCACCAAAUCAUCAUCUUCACUACAUAAUUUAUUCGUACUGUUCGUUUAAGUGGAAGCGAAGUUAGAUUUACAGCUCUGUAUGUUGUAAUGCUUAAAGUAUACUGUGGAGUCAAGUGUGCUCAAAAUGGCAAACGGUGUUGUUUUGUGUUCUCCCUCCCUGCGUCCUUUGUUAUUGUUCAUGGUUCAUAAAUGACUUUUAGAGAUCUUCCUGUGUUGUUCUACAUGUGCGCGAUGGUCUCGUGAUGACGUCAGUAUAUUCUGCACCCGUUCGGGUGUUUAUACUGUUACCGCUGCUGGUGCAUUUGUUACGUCUGUCCCUCCUUAACAGUGCCCUUCACUUCUCUAGGGAUCCGAGAACUGAUGCCUUUAAUAUGAUGAAUGUUAAACGGACAUUAUUUUGCUCGUUACGGACACUAAACGAUGAUUUUAAUGGAAUGUGGACUACAGUAUGUCAGCGGUUUAGCUUAUAUAUAUAUAUAUAUUUUUGAAUUGUUUCUGUUUUGUCUAUGUGUGUGUAGGUACUGGUACCUCCUAUGUUCAUUACCAUUUAAGAUGUUGGCUUUAAAGUGAACUUUUCUCUAGUUCAGAUAGUAUCAUUAAAGAUAUCGAGUUUGUGUGCAGAGAUUUUUUGUAAAAAGGUGCUUUGUAUAAAAUAUAUUCUGGCUUUUCUUGGUACAAAGGUGUGAUAUCUUUUAAUAUCCCAGAUCGGAGCAGGUCUGACAGACGAGAAAAUAAACCUACUAUGUGUGUGUUCUUUAUCGCAACUGUUCUGUCUUUGCUCCGUAACAUUUUGAUGCCUUCUUGAUAAAGUGGUAGAUAUUUUGUAGCUUUCUAGAUACUUUGUAUGUAUACGAUAUUGAAUAAAAUAAAUAAUUAAAACGCA